AUGGAUAGAGGAAAUCACUCAGUGGUGUCUGAAUUUCUGUUGCUGGGACUCACCAGUUCUUGGGAGAUGCAGAUUCUUCUUUUUUUGUUUUUUACUGUAUUUUAUAUAGCAAGUAUGUUAGGAAACCUUCUCAUUGUGCUCACAAUCAUUUCAGACCAUCACUUACAUUCCCCCAUGUACUUUUUGCUGGCAAACCUUUCCAUCAUUGACACAGGCGUUUCCAGCAUUGCAAGCCCAAAGAUGAUAUAUGACCUUUUCAGAAAACACAAAGUCAUCUCUUUGGCAGGGUGCAUUACUCAAAUGUUCUUUAUUCACACUGUUGGGGGUACAGAGAUGGUACUGCUCAUAGUUAUGGCCUACGACCGAUACAUUGCUAUCUGUAAGCCCCUCCACUACCUGACUGUCAUGAGCCUAAGAAUGUGCAUUUCCCUUUUGGCUGUUGCUUGGACCAUUGGACUCAUCCACUCUGUGGCUCAACUGGCUUUUGUUAUAAACUUGCCCUUUUGUGGUCCCAACAAAAUGGAUAGCUUUUACUGUGAUUUUCCUCGAUUCAUCAAACUUGCAUGUACAGACACAUAUAGACUGGAGUUUCUGGUCACUGCCAACAGUGGUUUCAUCUCCAUGGGCACCUUCUUCAUCUUGAUUGUGUCUUACAUCUUCAUCCUGGUCACGGUUCGCAAACACUCUUCACGUGGUUCAUCCAAGGCCCUCUCCACUCUCUCUGCUCACAUCACUGUGGUGGUCUUUUUCUUUGGUCCUUGCAUUAUUGUCUAUGUGUGGCCAUUCCCUACCUUACCCAUAGAUAAAUUUUUAGCCAUCUUUGAUGCCCUUAUCACUCCUUUUAUGAAUCCUAUUAUCUAUACAUUCAGAAAUAAUGAGAUGAAAGUGGCAAUAAGGAGACUGUUUGGUAAGGUUUUACAUUUCCGGAAGAGUUCUUUCAUGAAUGAUCAAAGACAUUCAGAUUCAUCUUGA